GGGUGCUGAAGAGAAAGGGUUGGGUUCUUUCUACCACACUCCCGAGGAAGCUCCCAUGGACAAAGCCGGAUAAUCCGAAAGGCAUACCUGGAAGACUUUUACACCCAGAUGAUGCAUGAGUGUUAUCAGAUAUGGGCCCAGUUGGAGCACGAGGCUGGAACCCAAUUGUACAGGCAGACUGGAUUACUGCUGCUGGGAAUGAAGGAGAAUCAAGAAUUAAAGACAAUCCAGGCCAGUCUGUCUAGGCAGAGGGUGGAACACCAGUGUCUUUCAUCUGAGGAACUGAAGCAACGCUUCCCAAAUAUUCGGUUGACCAGGGGAGAAGUGGGGCUCUUGGACUAUUCCGGAGGAGUUCUCUAUGCAUACAAGGCCCUCAGAGCCCUGCAGGAUGCAGUUCGACAGCUAGGAGGCAUAGUGCAUGACGGAGAGAAGGUGGUGGAGAUAAACCCAGGGCUACUGGUCAAGGUGAAAACCACCUCCAGGAGCUACCAAGCUAAGAGCUUGGUCAUCACAGCAGGUCCUUGGACCAACCAGCUCCUCCGUCCCCUGGGCAUUGAGCUGCCUCUCCAGACCCUGCGGAUCAACGUGUGUUACUGGCGAGAGAGGGUUCCUGGGAGCUAUGGUGUGUCCCAGGCCUUUCCAUGCUUCCUGUGGCUGGGCUUGUAUCCCCACCACCUCUACGGACUGCCUGCAGGAGAGUACCCAGGGCUGAUGAAGGUCAGCUAUCACCACGGCAACCAUGCAGACCCUGAGGAGCGGGACUGCCCCACAGCACGCGCAGACAUCCGAGACGUCCAGAUCGUGAGCAGCUUUGUCAGAGAUCACUUGCCUGACCUGAAGCCCGAGCCUGCUGUCAUGGAGAGCUGCAUGUACACGAAUACCCCUGAUGAGCACUUCAUUCUCGAUCGCCACCCAAAGUAUAACAACAUUGUCAUUGGUGCUGGAUUCUCUGGGCAUGGAUUCAAGCUGGCCCCUGUGGUGGGGAAGAUCCUGUAUGAAUUAAGCAUGAAAUUAACACCAUCUUAUGACUUGGCACCUUUUCGAAUCAGCCGUUUCCCAAGCCUGGGCAAAGCCCACCUUUGACCUCUGGCCAGAAGCCUCCCUUCUGUGCACAGGAGCCGAUUUCACAGAUGGAGAAGAUGUCUCAGAUGAAGGGAGUAUCCCUGAGACGUCAUCCUUUUUCUUCUGCCUUGCUUGAAUCCCGCAUAAACACAAGAUGAUUGAGUCUACCUUCUUUCCUUGGCCAGCUCCCCUUUGCUUCUGCCUCGCUUGAAUCCCCCGUAAACACCAGGCAAUUGAGUCCACCUUCUUUCCUUGGUCACCUCCCCAUUCACAACUACUUUCUUGCUCCCAGAAAGCUGAUCAGAUAUUCUACAAUCACAGAGUAGCAAGGACCUUUGAGAUGGAUAUAUCAGGAAGUAGAGGGCACAAGAACUGGCUCUGGAAACCAAAGCAGUUGUUAAAAAUUCUCUUUGCUGGGGGCGAGGUGUGGUGGCUCAAACCUGUAAUCCCAGCACUUUGAGGGGCCGAGACAGGCAGAUCACCUGAGGCCAGGAGUUCAAGACCAGCUUGGCCAACAUGGUGAAACCCUGCCUCUACUAAAAAUACCAAAUUAGCCAGGUGUGGUGGCACAUGCCUGUAAUCCCACCUUGUUUAAACAAAUGACCUCAUU